GGCGGGAGCCCGGGGCCGGUCCACUGCGGGUCGGUCCGCGCCAGCCGGAACCGGAACCGGGGGACUGAGAAGGGGGCGAGCCCAGGGCGCCAUUGGCCGGCGCGGGGCUGAGACUGCCCCCCCCCGGGGAUCGGGCCCGCAUGGCCUCCUCGGGCCCCCCCGGCUCCUGCUGCUCCCACGGGCCGGCCGUGCCCGGCGUGCACCAGACCGCGGCGGAGAUGGACUUCGAGAGAGGGGUCUGGUCGGCUGCCCUGGACGGGGACCUGGGGCGGGUCCGGAAGCUGCUGGUGGAGAAGCGAGUGGAUCCCAGCCAGCCCGACCUGGCCGGCUACACUGCCCUGCACUACGCCAGCCGCAACGGGCACGGCGCCGUCUGCCAGUUCCUGUUGCAGAGUGGGGCCCGGUGCAACGCCCAGACCCACGGCGGAGCCACCGCCCUGCACCGAGCCAGCUACUGUGGCCACGUGGACGUGGCCAGGCUGCUGCUGGCCCACGGAGCUGACCCCGGCAUCGCAGAUGACGACGGCAUGACAAGUUUGCAUAAGGCCGCCGAGGGAGGCCACCGUGAGCUCUGUGAGCUCUUGCUGCAGCACAGCCCGGUACUGAAGGGCGUCCGGGACAGGAGGGCCAGGAGAGCAUGUGACCUGGUGCCCGGCAGCGGCACCUUGCGGGACCUCCUGGAGACCUGAGGGCAGCGCUGGGGGGGGGGGGAGUGUCACCCUGCGCCAGAGUGCGCUGGGCUUUGUCUCCCCCUCUUGGCCUGUGGCGGGAUUGCAGCACCCUGGGCCCUGAGCAUGCAGCCCUGGGGUGAUCUGGGUGCGCGCCCCACUGGGUAGCUGCUCUGGGGAGCCUGCUGCAGCAGCGGGAGAGGGGAACGGGCAGAUUUGGGCAGGGAAAAGGAAGGAGCCACUAUAAACCCUGUUCCGGUGUCCCUGGCUGGGGGGAGCCCGCCCAGGUUCUGAGAUCAAGGGGACUCCAGCAACACUGCAGGACACCGGGGUUCCUGGGCAGCUGCAGUGGCUGGUGGUGGGGCGGGACUCUGAGGGGCAGGGAGGGGUCUGUGUCCAGCCCUCUGCAUGGGCCAGGCACCACUGCCCAGGGCCACACAUCUGGCAGGAAGCUGAGGCAGCCAUGUUGGUUGUGGGCAUUGCCCAGGGCUAUUUUGCUCUGCUGGGACGGCAGAGGCACUAGCUACGCGCUACCGGUGUGGGCUGGUCCCGUGUGCUCGGCACCACGGACCUCACUCAGCAGGGGCUGCAGGCUCCCAACCCCUGGAAGGAGGAGUCUGGCUAGGGUGAAGACCAGUGGCCUGCUCUGUGCCCAGAGCAGAGGGCAGAGCGGUGUCCCCUGCUGGGAUUUCUGGCCUGGUGAGGGCUGCUGGGGGCUCCUCUCUGUAACCCUGAGCUGGGGGAAGAAGGAGGGAGGGGUGGGAUAGGAUGUCCCCGUCUCAGGCCUAUUUCAGUCCUUGGCACUGAGCUGGGGAACCGGAGCCCCCAAGGAUCUGGUGACAGGAUGUCAGGCGUCAGCACCAUUAACUCUUCCCUGCCUAGUCCUGUGCCCUGACCGUGGGCUGGUGGUCCUGGCUGCUAGGGGCUGGUCUCUGGGGUCUGGCAGGACGUGUCUGCCCUCUGCUGGGGAAGUGGGAUUAGUGCCCACCCCAGCCCUGUGUUGCCCCCUUCUCUAUCCACUUGCUGUUCUGCCCAGCCUCCUCCCCCCUGCCCGCAAGCCCUGUGGGCCUGUUUCUGGCAGGAAGCAGGGUGGGGGUGGGAUCCUGCAUAUGUACCCUCCCCACUCACCCACAGCUGGAUUGGAGGGGAGCCCAGACCCCUCCCCAUCUAUUGCACAGUGAUCUGGCGGGGGAUGGGGUGGCUUCUUCUAUGUCCCCCUCCAUGCUAAAGGGACCCCCCCACCAUAGGCCUGCAGAGAUUGCGGGGGGGGGGGCUGCCCUGCCCUCUCUCCCAAGGAGAGUCCAGCAGAGCCCCCUCAAGCUGGGAUCAGUGGAAGCUGCAUGGGGAGGUGCAGGGGCUGGAACAUGGCUGCUGGACCUCAGGGAUGGCCAGCAGCAUCACAGGCAGUGGGGCCAGCACUGACCUAUGGGGGAGAGCACCCCCUGCUGAGCACCUGCUCUGCUCCCCAUAGCACAGCACCCCCCUAGUGCCAGCACUGACCUACAGAGGAGAGUGCCCCCUGCUGAGCACCUGCCCUGCUCCCUGCAGCACAGCGUCCCCCUAGGGACACACUAGGGCCCUGCACUGACUGGCUAGCCCCCUUCUGAGCUCCCCACUCCCUGCAGUGUAUAUGUUUCUGGGGGGCGGGGGACAUGCUGGCAGGGCAUAAAUUCAUAAUAAAUCCCUCACAAACUGCA